UCAUCUCUCAGAUGCUUUCUUAUGCCACUUUUGUUACUGUUCCUAUCUAAAGAAGUCCUUCUGUUCAGGAUAAAGUACUGUCAGAAACUUGUGAUGCAAUAAUUUCUUCUCAGUUCUUGUGAAAGCUGUGGUAGCAGUGUUUUUGUUUAGCAUAUUUCUCUGGCUGUUACUGUGCUGUCCGUUGGUAAUAACUGCAGUUAACUAAACUCUGUUUUAACUUGCAUCUGGAAAGUCUUCAUAACUUGCAUGUUUCUAACUUAACGUGUAAAUUGUUUCCUGUGUGAACCAUUCCACACUUCCUAUAUUUACAGUCUUGAAGCACAUCAAUGAUCUAGGACGGCUGCAGAUGAGGAUUUUCUCACUUAUUUAAGGUAGAUGUGUAUAGAGUGAUAGAAGAAGAAGAACUUGGACAUGACUCAGCAGUGUGCACUUUCAGCCCGGAAGACCAGCAGUACCCGGGGUUGCAUCAAAAGAGGGGUGUCAGCAGGGAGAGGGUUAGGUGUUAGGAGAAAACUCUGUACUUGGAGGACGGUGAGGCUCCCAGAGGUGAGGCUGCCCAGAGGACCUGUAGAUGCCCCAUCUCUGGAGGAAUUCAAGGCCAGACUGAAUGGGGCCCUGGGCAACCUGAUCUGGUGGGUGGAAUCCCUGCCCAUAGCAGGGAGAUUGGAACUGGAUAGUCUUUAAGGUCACUUGUAACCCAAGCCAUUCUGUGUGAAAUAAUCUUGAAUUCCUUUUCUACUUAUGGACAAUAGAGAAUAGGAUGGCAUUUCUGUGAUCUUAACAUUUUUCACUACUUCUGAAGAAAGGGAUGCACAAAACAUUUAUCUGUGAGAAACAUGCUUGCCCUCAGUGGAACAAUUACGGAGAUGUCCCUCUUAAAAACAAGACUUUCUUGAGUUUAUCUUGUAAAUUCUCAAUCCUUAGAAACACAGACUGUAGAGCAGCAUUCUCUUAUUUAAUCUGUUUACUGCUGUUGUAAUAUCUUUACAUACUUUCAGAUUUUGGAAUACCUUAUAUGCAGAAUGUCUUACAGUGGUUGGAUGACCUAUUUUUUUAUUAGUUGUCUGGCUUGGACAUCUCAGUCCUUAUUUUUAGAAAUGUUCUACUGGGAAUAAAUAAAUACUUUUGUUCAUGCCAUUUUGUUUUUGAAGUUGCUGAAUUUCCAUGUUGUAAUUCUGUAGACAGGAACAUCAGCAGCAUGGAGUUCGGGCUUGAGUUGCUCUGACGGCAGCUUGAUCCGUGCUGGGAGUUAUUACAGGUUUAUCAUGUCCCUGUCUCUCUUACACUGCAGUAUGCAGAUCCAGUGAAGAGACUGAACUGCUGAAACCAUUAGGAACAACCUGUGAGGGAGCCUAAGGAACAGCCUGCAGAUGCUAAAGUUUUUUUUUACCAGCUGUUUGUCUGGGGAUCUUGCAUACAUUUUCUUAUUUCCAUUUUUGUAUGUGAGCACCUGUUCAGUUUGAGCAUCUACAUUUAGUUGUCCUUAUUAGUAAUCCAAACCAAAGGCAAGCUGCAGCCGGUAGCUGUAGCAAUAGAAGAUGAGGGAAGGAGAGAGUGUAACUGUAAGGUGCUGAAGUUGCAUAGACCAACAGUUCGUGCACCAGUAUUGCCAGAUGAGAGAGAAUUUCAACACGCAGCUAAAAUGAACAAUUUGGAAACCAUGGAAAAGCUGUUUAAGAAGAACCUUAAUAUAAACGCAGUGGAUCCUUUGAAGCGCACUGCACUGCAUUUUGCUGUUGCAGGAAGUCACACGUCUGCGGUGGAUUUUCUGCUCCAUCACAAAGCUAGAGUUGAUAUGGCAGAUCAGCAUGGCCUGACAGUGAUCCAUCUUGCAGCUUGGACUGGAAAUCUGGAUAUAAUGAGGAAAUUAGUUAAAGCUGGUGCUGAUCAAAAAGCUAAGAAUGAGGAAGAAAUGAAUGCACUACACUUUGCAGCACAGAACAACAGUGUUAAAAUAAUUGAUUAUUUUCUCCAAGAUCUUCAUCUGACUGACUUGAACAAGCCUGAUGGGAAUGGUAGAAAGCCAUUUCUUCUGGCAGCAGAAAGAGGCCAUGCUGACAUGAUAAAUAAUCUAAUAGCUCUAAAUCUGUUCACGACCGAAAAAGAUAAGGAGGGAAACACAGCCCUACAUCUGGCAGCUAAAAAUGGCCACAGUGAAGCUGUAAUGAUUCUGCUCAAACACUGGGAUGAAGUAAAUGACUUCAAUCAGAAUGGAGAAACUCCAUUUUACUUGUCUGUUGAAAGAGGUAAUGAAAAAUGUGCUGAACUCCUACUGGAAGCAGGAAGUAACAUUGAUGUUUUAACUCACAACAACAGCAAUGCAUUGGAGGCUGCCAUUCAGAAUGGACAUCAAUCCUUGGUCACUUUUCUUAUUGAUAAGAACGUUGACCUGGUCCCUAAACCUGAGCAGAAGAAUUCCCCUCUGCAUUUAGCAGUCAUCAGUAAUCAUCUGCUGAUUGUGAAAAAACUCUUGGAAGCGAAUCAUGACAUAAACUUCUUAAAUCAUAGGCAUGAAACUCCCCUACAUUUGGCUGCUGAUGUUGGCAAUGUGGAGAUGGUAGAAGUGCUGCUGAAGGCAGGUUGUGACCUCAAGAUCAUGGACAGGCAUGGAAGAACUGCACUUGCCGUGGCUUCAAGGAGCAAUUACGCCCUCAUUGUAGAUAUGAUCAUUAAAGCAGAAAGGCAUUAUGCCAUGGAACAGGCACACCUAGGUCAUGGUGACGGUUGGUCAGACUCUGAUUUGUCCUUCAAACAAGAUCACAGUACACGCACCAAGCAACUCCGUUCCUCCCUGUGGAAUCUGGCGUACAAUCAUUUAAAACCCCAGGAAUGGAAAAUACUGGCCCUGUUCUGGAAGUUCACAGAUGAGCAGAUUAAAGCUAUUGAGGAACAAUGGACAGGGAAGAAAAGUUAUAAAGAACACGGCCACAGAAUGCUGCUGAUCUGGUUACACGGUACUUUGUUGGCCCAUCAGAAUCCUGUCAAGAAUAUAUUCAAAGACUUGGUGGAAGCAGGAUUUCAGCAUUUAGCUGAGAAGAUCAGAACUGAAAGUAGCGCUGACAUGGAGUCCAGAAAAUGUGAAAUUUCAUGAGUUCAUUGAUAAAUGGCAUAUGUGAUGGAAUUACAUGCCAGAUGGAGAGACUUUCAUAUACAAAUAUCUUUUCUAGAAAUGAAAAUGUAUUUUGAAGCUGCAAGCUAGAAGAACUUGCUCUCCUGAAAUACCGGUUAUUCUUUGCUAUACAAUGAUCUAAAGUGAAUGCCUAGAUGGUAAUUUAGGACUAUAUUGUCAAGCAAGAGCCACCCUAUAAUUUCUGCACCUGCCUUAACAUUGUGUAGUAAUUCUUUAUCAGAACUCCCCACUAAAGCUACAUUGUAUUUGACCUAAAAUGUAAAUGAGACAUUUUCUUGUUGAAAUAAAUUUAAUAAGUGAAAAUUGGGUGUAUAAAUCAGCACUUCCCAAAAUAGGUUGGCAUCUCACCUCAUUUGGAAUUCAGUUUUUUAUAGUCUUGUUAGGAUUACAGUUUUCCUAUCUGAGGAGACUUUCUUGUUUAGUUAAUGCUUAGACAAGUGUUUCCUCUUCAGCAUUUGAUUCAUAUAGUAAAAAUAUACAAAAAUAGCAUCUAAAACCAUCUGCAACUAGCUACAGAAUUUUGUCAUGGCAUAACCUUGUUUACACACUCAAAAAAGAAUAUUUGAUAAUUUAAUACUUUACAUAUAUGUUUUUAAACAUUUUUAAACCUUGUUUAUUCCUUGAACUAUAUUUGGUGGUGUCUUGGAUAAUGUUUACAAGUUUUCUGACUACUGAACACAUUUCACAUCUGAAAAAUGACGUACAAUGUCUGUCUUCAUACUCCUAUGUGUAACACAACAGCAGUUUUAUCAUAUAAUGGAAGUACUGAGGUAUUGCUUUACCUACCACUGCAUACCCAGCAUCUUUCGGUACUGGACUUCAGUGUCUGCAUACAAAGCUGGUAAUCUGAGGUCUUAGUCUUAUGCCUAAGUGCUCUUUCACAUUCAAGCCGUUCUGACAAGGCUGCAGAACUAUACAGAAGACGGAAAUUGGUAAAUCCCCAGGUUUUAGAAUCUGGGACCUAAGUUAAAACACAAACUCUUACAUCCUGUCAGGCAUGCAUCAACAUUUUGCAAAAUGAAAAUGCUUGACAGUUUGCUAGACUCGAGGUGUGUAACCCGACUUAUGUCAUAUCCUGGCUGUGGAGGCCACUGCCCUAUUGUCUGUUAUUCUUUGUUUAACCAAGUCAACUACAUUUAGUAAAAGCAUAGAUAACAAAAAUAAAUUUCAUUUUUACUUGAAAAUAAAUGCACUAGCAUUUAUACUGAAAGUAAACAAUUCGGACAAAUGUAUUUUAUUCUUUAUUUGAAAAUGUG